AUGCCGGACCAAACACUCACGGGAAAGGUAGCCAUAGUCACCGGGUCUAGCACCGGGAUAGGCGCCGCUAUUGCGCAGGAACUCUCAUCCCGGGGCGCGAGCAUCGUCAUCAACUACCCUUUCGCCGACAUCAAGCCGGAUGCAGAAAAAGUGCUAGCGUCGCUCGCGACACCGUCCACAUCCAUCACUGUAGAGGCAGACAUCAGCACGGAAACCGGACCGCAGGUGCUGGUGGACGCGGCCGUGGCGAGGUACGGCAGCGUCGAUAUCCUGGUCAACAACGCGGCAUUAGCCGUGAACAAGCCGCUGCCGGAGCAGACCCUGGACGACUGGAACCGACUCGUUAACCUCAACGGGCGGGGUACGUUUUUGCUCACGCAAGCGGUGCUUCCACACCUCCCAAAGCUAGACGGCGCGAGCGGCAGCGGUGGCGGGCGCAUCGUGAACAUUUGCUCCAUCUCGGCGCGCGCGGCGCCGCCGUUGCAAACCAUUUACGCAGGGACCAAGGGCAUGGUGGACAGCUUUACGCGGGUGUGGGCCAAGGAGCUGCCGCCGCAGUACGGGUGCACGGUCAACGCGGUGAGCCCGGGGCCGACGAUGACGGAAGGGUUCGCGGCGGCGGGCGAGGAGUUUAUGGCGGCGAUGAAGCCCGUGAUGGAUCAGACGCCCGUGGGCCAGAGGGUGGCGAAGCCGGAGGAGAUUGCGUUUGCGGUGGGCUUCCUCUGCGAGCCGAGGGCGAGCUGGAUCAAUGGACUGCAUCUUGUGGCGAGUGGGGGUUUACAUAUCGACUGA